UUGCAGCCAAGGCUCGGGCUGCCCGGGCUGCUGUUCCAGGGAUGUGAGCGACCUGGCCCGCAAACCCGUCCCUAGAAAUCUCUGUCUGCACUGUGCGAGCCCAGCUGUGUUUCUGCUGGUUGAAUUCGCCGUGGGCGCUCGGGGGGAACAUGAGAAGGAAGCUGUACUGAGCGCCCAGUUGGUGCCUAGACCCAGAUGGAGCAACUCCCGAGACCACCCUGGGAGAUGGGUCCCUCCACAUGCAUUUGACCGAUUUCUCACGACCAUUUCAUCAGCGAUGGAUGGUUUGCGGACUCCGCCGAGCCCGUCCUGGAUUUAUCCCACCGUCAUCCUCUGCUUGUUUGGAUUUUUUUCUAUGAUGAGACCCUCUGAGCCCUUCCUCAUCCCGUAUUUAUCUGGACCAGACAAAAACCUGACCACCACGGAGAUGACCAAUGAGAUCUUCCCCGUGUGGACGUACUCCUACCUGGUGCUGCUGCUCCCCGUGUUCAUCCUCACCGAUUACGUCCGCUACAAGCCAGUCAUCCUCCUCCAAGGGAUUAGCUUCAUCAUCACCUGGCUGCUGCUCUUGUUUGGCCAAGGAGUGAAAGCCAUGCAGGCAGUGGAGUUCUUCUACGGAAUGGUCACCGCCACCGAGGUGGCCUACUUUGCCUACAUAUACAGCGUGGUCAGCCCGGAGCACUACCAGAAGGUGAGCAGCUACUGCAGAGGCAUCACGCUGGUGGCCUACACCACCGCCUCGGUGCUGGCCCAACUCUUGGUGUCCCUGGCCAAAAUCUCAUACUUUUACCUCAACGUCAUAUCCUUGGCCUCUGUCUCUGUGGCUUUCCUUGUCUCACUCUUUCUACCAAUGCCCAAGAAAAGCAUGUUUUUUCAUGCAAAACCCAGCAAAGAAGUUCAGAAGCCAACAAGCAUGGAUGCAGCGUUAAAUGAAGCACAUGAGAAAGAAGCGUUUGGUUGCAGUGAGGAGAAAUCCACGUCAGAAAUCGCCACCACUUUGGGGAACCUGGAUGACGGGCAGCUGAACCACCCGAAGCCAGAAAACGUCGCUCUGAAAGUUUUCGUGCAGUGGUUCCAAGAUCUGAAGGAGUGCUACUCCUCCAAGCGUCUUCUGUACUGGUCCCUGUGGUGGGCGCUCUCCACAGCAGGUUUUAACCAGAUUUUGAACUACAUUCAAGUCCUGUGGGACUACAAGGCGCCCUCCCAAAAUUCUUUCAUCUAUAAUGGGGCAGUAGAAGCUAUUGCAACCUUUGGAGGAGCGGUGGCUGCCUUUGCAGUGGGUUAUGUGAAAGUCAACUGGGACCUGCUGGGAGAGCUGGCCCUGGCCAUCUUCUCGGUGGUCAAUGCCAGCUCCCUGUUUCUCAUGCACUACACUGCCAACAUCUGGGCAUGCUACGCUGGCUAUUUGAUCUUCAAGUCCAGCUACAUGCUUCUUAUAACCAUAGCAGUAUUUCAGAUUGCAGUUAAUCUGAGCGUGGAGCGAUACGCCUUGGUGUUUGGUAUCAAUACCUUCAUUGCCUUGGUGAUUCAGACCAUUAUAACGGUGAUUGUGGUGGAUCGGCGAGGGCUCCACCUGCCCAUCGGCAUUCAGUUUUUAGUUUAUGGGAGUUACUUUGCCGUCAUUGCCGGGAUUUUCCUUAUCAGAAGCCUGUACAUUAUCUGCUCAGCCAGCUGCCAAAAGGAAGUGCAGCGCUCUGCUCCGAGUCAGAGCGAGUAAGGGCCCUACCCAGAGGGACCAAGGAAUGUCGUCCAGGGGACAAAGUCCUAGUCUUACAUCAACCCCUGCAGGCUCUCAGCGAGGACUCUGCUGGUCGCAGUCACUACGUGCCGUACACUGACACUUCACAAGUCUGGAUUCCAACGAACCUUUUCAAAACCACAACAAAAUCUCAGCUUUAGACCAGCUAUGUAUAUGCCCAGCUGAACUGGGGGCAGUCGGCAGGGCCCAUUAAGCUCAACUGAACAGCCCAUGGUGGGACCCCGGUGAAUAGCGGUGACUGCAAAGUCGGUUUUGGACACCCAGUGGCGUGGAAACAAACCGGCCAUCCUGGAGCUGAUGUUCCCCAUUAAUGAGCAGAAGUGCCGGACUGACCCUGUUUCUUGGCUUAGCUAUUUUUUUAUCUUACCAACCAGGCACCACGUGGAACGCUUUUUGCCACGAGUCACUUUUCUUCUCCUUCCACUAAGUGUAUUUCUGUGUAACACGGUGCUCUGAGAGAAUUGCAGGUCUGAUCCCAUUUCUGCGGGCCCCUGUUUAAUUCUGAUAACGUGACAUUAUGAACAAGUGUCUAUUUGAUAACAUCACCAUUUGAUUUUUUUGGUGACAGUUUUUCACUUUGUGCUCUGCUGAGCUUUGAAACGCUCCCCCGAGGGUAGCUCCAGACACGCCUGUGUGUCCACAGAAUGACAUUCUUGUCAAUGCCUAGUGGCGCGAGGAGAGCAACGAGCGUUCUUCCUGUCGUGGUGCCAGAUAGUGUUUUCAUGCUAUGUUGGUGUGAUGUCUGUUUGGAACAGAAAACUUAAGUAGACAUUUCCAGGGGUUUCUACAAGUGUUCAUAAAUGAGAAAAUACUGAUGGGGGUGAGGGAGAAACACCCAAUGUUUAAAAGGCAGAGAUUAUGUUAAAAUAAUGUGUGCAGACAUAUUAGCGAGUCUUUCCAAUUUUCUGAUGAGUUGUGUGGAACAUUGACUGAGCUUGUCUGCCCUUUGGAACGUUAAUAGAGGACCAUUGAG